AGAUGUACACACAACAGUUUUCACAAGCUAAUUCGCGAGGACACUUCAGUGGAAAUUACAGCCUGUGAAGCUUACAGUCUGAUCAGAGAGCAGCAUGAAUUUAAACAACUUUGUGGUACUUCCCAGCAAGCCCAAGUCAAUGAAGUUAAAUGUCAGGAAUCUCCGAGAGUUGCGUAUGGAAACAGUGCAGCUGGAUCAACAUGCCAAGGAGAUGGAGAGCAGACUGGAGGAGCUCAGACAGCGGAUGAACCAGGAGAAAGAGGAGAGAGAGAAGAUGGGAGCAUCUCGUUGGCAUUCUGGACAACCUGGGGUUCUUGCCCCUUCAUUUCAGAACGUCAGGAUGAACAAGGAGAACAGACUCUCUCCAGGCAAGAUGAAGAUUAGAGUGCUGAAGGAUGAGCCUGUGCCAGCAGCACAGAAGCAGGUAAUGGCCGAACCAGUUGCCAAGGCGCAUGGUGUUAACAGGAAACUCAAACUGAAGGGAAAAGUCUGUGGACAGUGUGAAGUUCAGCUAGCCGGACUGAUGUGUGUUGAAUGUGGAGAGGAUUACUGUGCCGGCUGUUUUGUCCGAUUUCACCAGAAGGGGGCACUCAAACGCCAUCGAUUAGUUCCUGUACAGGCAGAGCUCCAGACUCCUGUCAGCACUCGGGAUGUGCUGGGCCGCCUCCAGCAACAGGUACACGGUGUGGAAAAUCAACUGGCACAAGGCGCAUCUCCCAAAUCCACAGAUGAAACAGAUGACGCAGAGGAAAGAUCAGCUACUGGGAGCCUUCAACCCAUGGCUGAGAACCAAAUUUACCGCACACAG